ACGGCAGCAGCUGGCGUCUCGCGCCGGCCGCCCACGCGCCGCCCUCGUACGCGCGCGGCUGCUUCCCCCUCUCCCGCGGGCGGGGCCGCUGCUGGCGCUGCGGGAUGGAGCUGCCCGCCUGAGGGCGGCGGGAGGGGAGGGGAGGGGAAGGGAGGGGGGAGAGAGAACCCAGCGGCCGCCCCGCCCCCGUUCCAGGUGAUGCCGGUGACCGGGGCGAUGAUGCUGUUGACGAGGCGGCGGCGGAGGCGACGACCGUUACUGAUGGAGAAAGCGGUGUCGAGGGGCUCCCCGCGGGCCUGGUCGUCCAUCCCCGCCGCCGGCUCGCACCUCCGUGCCACCCUGCCCUGCCCCUGAGGGGAAGCGCCGGUGGCCGGCGCGAUCGCCCGGCUCCCCUCCCGGCCACCAUCUCCCACUCCGUCCUCGAUGUCUCCCCCGCGGCGCGGAGGCCCCUUCGCCGCCUCCUCGCCCUCUUGUUCCUGGCCGCCGCAGCCCUCCCGUCUCACGGUCCGGCGGCGAGAGGCGUCCGGCCUCCCAGUCGUCAGGCCACCGCUGCCGCCCGUCCCCCCUGGCUGAAGAGAAGCCGCUGGAUUACCCGCCACGAUGAAGGUAGAAGAGGGAGACAACUCCAUGAUCAACCUGUCGGUGCAGCAAGUGCUGAGUCUGUGGGCUCACGGCACCGUCCUCCGCAACCUCACCGAAAUGUGGUACUGGGUUUUCCUCUGGGCUCUCUUCUCCUCUCUCUUUGUCCACGGUGUUGUGGGAGUAUUAAUGUUUGUGAUGCUGCAGAGGCAUAGGCAGGGGAGGCUGAUAUCUGUCAUUGUGGUCAGCAUUGGAUUUCUGGGUUCUAUAACUGGAGCAAUGAUAACCAGUGCUGCAGUAGCUGGGAUUUACAGAGUAGCAGGAAAGAAUAUGGCUCCCUUAGAAGCUCUUGUCUUUGGUGUUGGACAGACAGUACUGACAUUAAUUAUCUCAUUUUCAAGAAUUCUUGCAACACUUUGAGACUUACACAGAAGGGGGGAAAAAUGAAAACAUUUGAAGAAAAAUAUUAAAGAAACUUUUGAUGUGAAGAGAAGCUUCCUAAAAGUGGAUUUAUCAGCUUACAAACUUGAAUUCUGGUGCAAGAGAAAGGAAGCUAUGUGGAACGUGCACUACAAAUCUAGAGGUUCAGUCAAAUGAGCAGGCUGUCCUCUAGUGUCUGAACUGUUGUACUUCUGCACUGCACCUUACGUGCCUCACUCACAGGCAAGGUGCAAUUCAUGUGUGCAAAGCUGAGAUAAAGCACCUUGAAUAGCUGCUGGUCAGGUUAAUGCUCAGUGAAGGGAUCAUCGUUCUUAACAGUGUUGUAAUAAAAUAAAGGGAUGCUCCUGAAAAUUGCUGUAUGUGCCAAACUUGGAGUUUAGUUUAGCUGUUGGCUGGGUGAGUUUUGAAAUUAUGAUUACAGAAGAAUGCUGUGAACAUACAUGCCAAUCCAGGUUAAAUGGCAAGAAAACUGACUUCAGUGUCAGCAUUAGUAUUCUUAAUCAGCAUUCAAAACAACUCUUAGGUCUGUUCCAAAGUGUAGGUGAUUUUUGGUGGGGUAUGAGAACCACAGCUUUAAGAGUCCUGAAGUAAUUAACACUAUGUGUAGAAUGGCUCAUGGCAGUUUUCUGAAGCUCAGCACAUCAUUUCUUUGUGAUUUUAGCUUGACAGGAACUGGUAGUUAAAGGAGACCCUGAGGGUUACUAAGUACAAUCUGUUGUAUAUGCACAAACCAAUCUUGAAUUGAUGCUUUCCUUGGGAUUAUUUUGUUUUAAACAUCCACAGAUGGUCACCAGCCCCCCUGGAAACCUCAGAAAGGCUACUUGUUGCAGAUAAGCUCCCUGUAUUUAAGCACUAAUAGAACUCUUAACCCUACAUGUAUUCUUUUAAGAACACACAAGUAUAACAGGCUUUAAGAGAAAACACUUAUGAGGAAAAGGGAAAGGGAUAAAAAUGAUAUACUGGUUUUCUACUGAACAAAAAUAUUACAUUUAAAAUAGUCACUAUACUCCAGAAGUUUGGAAGUGGGGCAGCGCUAAUGUAUUUACUACCUUGUUUCUGAACACUUUGUAUCUUUGGGAAGAAUUAAGACACCUGGAACUUUGGAAUACUUAGCUUUCAGUAGAGUUUGUGCUUUUCUAGUUUAAAAGGGACAGUAGUGUUGUGCAUGUGAAAUGUCUUAAAUGUGAAUGUUUUGGAGUGAAAUUUUAAGUAAUUACCUAAGUGUUUAUGAAAUGGAAAAUUUAAAGGGCACGAAGUUCUGUGUGAGGAAUAAAGAAUCUUUUAUAUAUUUCCUCAAUUAAAUAAUUUUCAGCAGUCACUUUUCAGUGCUUACAAGAAGAGUAAAUUGCUCAAAUGUUUUGCUGUUAAGAUGUCAAAAAGACUUUCAGGAUGGCUGAAACCAAUGACACCUACAGCACAGAUAAAAGAAUAUGAGUAAAAUAAAACUUAAAUUCCAGGCAUACUGCUUAGAGCUUAAAAAUACUAUCAUGAAUUAACCUGUCUGCCUUUAUUUUAUUCCACAUACACUGUUUUUUUAAGUGCUAAGGAUGCUAAUAUUAUUUCUUUCUUAAAAGUAUUUAAGUCUUAUUUGAAAAAUGUACAAAGUUAUGGGGUUUGCAGGGAACAAGUUAAAAUAUACGUUUAUAAACCUUUUCAGUGUUAUUUUUUGCAUCGAACUUCUUUAGAAUUUGGCUGAGUAUAUAUAUAUUCUCAUUAUUUUAAAUGUCUUCAAAAACUUUUCAUGGUUUGUUUUUGUCAUCUAGUGGCUGAUACUGCUGAUACUUUUUGGCAUAACAGUUGCUGCACUUUAGUAGACAAUGAAACUGUAUCUGUAAAAGGCAAUUUAAACUUCUCCCAUUGUUUUAAGUUAUAAAAAAUUGUUUCAGGUAUUUAAGUCAAAUUGAAUAAUAAAACAAUUGAAGACAUUUCUCCUAAUGUGCCUUGUUAUGCAUGUAUUUGUAGGGGAGAG